AUGGAAGCCAUGGCAACAAAAUCAGCAACUGCAGAGAAAACAAUGACCAACAGGCGCCGGUCAGCAAGAGACCGAAAGUUGGCCUUACUAAGAGAUGUUGAUAAUCUAAAGAAGAAACUGAGACAUGAAGAAAAUGUGCACAGAGCUUUGGAAAGAGCUUUCAAUAGACCCUUAGGAGCUCUACCUCGUCUCCCUCCUUAUCUCCCUAAAUAUACACUUGAGCUUCUGGCUGAGGUGGCCGUUUUAGAAGAGGAAGUUGUGCUUCUCGAAAAACAGAUUGCGAAUUUCCGACAAGGUUUGUACCGAGAAGCUGCUUAUAUAUCCUCCACAAAGAGCUCGGAAAAUACGACUCCACAUUCGAAUAAGGAGCUAUCUGUUGGAAGCUCCAAACGGGGUCACUCGAGAUCCUCAUCUCAAAGUGAGGUCACUUUUGGAUCACUCCAAACGAGGCCUCGCCGUUCGCUUUCCCCUUCUUUUUCCAGAGUUGCCUCGAUUAAGAGGAUCAUGUUUUCCGAGCAUGUGCCCGAGACGUCUGUCGAUUCUUGCAAAGAUAGUAAACCAAACACCCGAAACAAAUCGUUGGAAACAAAAAGUACUUGCAAAAGACAUCUGUCGAAGCCUGACCUUACGCCCAAGAGUGUGAGUUCUCGAAAAAUGCAGUGUAGAAUUGUAGAGCAAGCACAAGAGACCUCUUUGGGUUCAUUGGAUAGAGUUGUUGAUGCCGAAUAUGAGGCGAAUAAAUUGUCCGAGGAUAUCUUGAACUGCCUCAUCAACAUCUUCGUGAGAUUGAGCUCGUCAAAAGGGAAGACUGUUGUUGAUUUGGAAUCCUUUUCAUCUUUGGCAGCAAAAUCAUCAAGUGGGAAUGAUGAGGAAUUGAACUUUCGGGAUCCGUAUUGCACUUUGUCCGAGUCCAAGACGAGAGACAUUGGAACUUACAAGUAUCUUUAUGCAAUAGAAGUUGGUUCGAUUGACCUUAAACAGAAAACAAAUGCGUCCUUUCUGAUCCAGAGGCUUAAGAUUCUUUUAGACAAGCUAUCGUCUGUGAGGUUAGAUGGUCUAAGCCAUCAACAGAAGCUUGCAUUCUGGAUUAACAUAUACAAUGCCUGCAUUAUGAAUGUAAGCCACCUCAGAAUUUAUUCAGCGACAAUAAACGUGGGAAAACAUAUGCUAAAUGCAGUUAUGAUCGAACACCUUAUCCUAAGACUUCCUUAUCACUUAAAAUACGUAAGUUGCCGCUUUUUUCCGUGUACAUAUUUGAGAGUGUACACUGCAACUCAAAUCGAGUCAGAGUUGGAAGCAGCCAAAAGGGACUAUCUACAAGCCGCGGUUUUCGUUUCAUUUUCAGACAAGAUAGUUAUUACCAAGCUACUCGAUUGGUACCUUCUCGAUUUUGCAAAGGAUUUGGACUUGUUGCUCGACUGGAUUUGCAUGCAGCUGCCAGAUAAAGUCAAAGACGACGCGGUAAAAUGUCUCGAGAGAAAAGUGAAAGAGCCUCUGUCAAAUUUAAUGCAAGUGAUGCCUUAUAAUUUUAGUUUCAGAUACCUUAUACACAGGUGA